UAUCAGAGUUAAAUUAAAAUAUUAUGCUAUUUUCACAUGUGAUUGUAAUAAAUAACUACAAUUUACUCGAUCCCACACAUAAUAUUUGCUUAAGUAACUCCAGAAUAAUAAUUUUAUAAAAAAAAAAAAAGGUUGUGUCAAAGAUGUUCCAUAUUUGAUCGAACUACAUUAUGUUACGAACUUCGUCCUAACCGCGUCACCAAAUACAUGAAAAUUUGGUGUAUUCCUACAACUUGUGUCCGAGCCUACAUCUAGCGUAGCGGAAUGUGAUGAGGUGUUCCGAUUGGGCCGAUUCCAGUUUCUUCGGAAUCGGCUGAUUUGUCGAGUGACGGACGGUCUUUCGCAUUUUGUCGUAAACCGGUGUCAACAGAAAAGGUGACUUUUGUAAUACAACUAAAAGCAAAAGUAGGAAGACGCCUUUCUUCUAUAUGUUUAGGAUUAAUAAUUAGGAACAUGACAGAUCCCACUAAGCGAGCUGGCAUCGAGGCGUCCGCGAUUAGCCUGCUCAAACGGGCUGUGGAGUUGGACAUGGCCAAACGCUUUGAAGAGGCAACCACGUGCUACCAGGAAGGACUGCAUCUUCUUAUGGAAGUCCUUAAAGGAACUCACGACGAAGACAAGAAGGUCCGGUAUCGUCAGAAGAUAUCAGAAUACAUGACCAGAGCCGAGGAACUCAAACAGCAUGUACAGCAUGAGAAAGAAGUUGGAAAAUAUCAUGAACAGAUUCAAAUAGAGGCAAUUUCCACUGGUUAUAGUUAUGAAAAGCUUUUUUCACGUUUUCUGGACAAUGAAGUUAGUGAGAUCGAAAUUGAAGAUCCAUAUAUCCGAGCAACACACCAGAUUUUUAACCUUUUACGGUUUUGUGAACUGGUUGUCAAAUCGGAUACAAAAGUGACAAAGAUUAAACUGAUUACAGGGUGUGAUGAGGAAAGUGAAGGUCAAAAACACAAACUAGGCCAGAUACAAAAGAGUCUAAAGAAAUACAACAUUGAGCUGGAGAUUGAGUACUCCACAACUCUUCAUGACAGACAAAUCAAACUGAACAAUGGUUGGGUGAUAAAAAUUGGACGAGGUCUUGACUUAUACAAAGCAACUGAAAACAAUUUUUGCAUUGGAUUCUGUGACUUUGAAUUGCGACGUUGUCAUGAAACUACUGUAGACAUUUUUCAUAGCAAGCAUAUCAAACCACAAGACGAGCAAAGUUGACACCAGUUAUUUGAUAAAGUAACUACGCAGUAACUUUUUAAAGUAAAAAUGAAAUGACAGUACAGUUUUUAAAAUACAUGUAAUAUUAUAUACAUAUAAGUGUGGAUUUAAGAGGAGGGUGAUGGGGUGCGCACGUUCCUCGUAAUUCAAAGUGUUUUAAAAAAUCCAUUAAAGGAAAGGUGUAGGCUGGCUCUAAUGCCAAAUUAAACAAAUAUGGAGCCUAAAAUGAAGAAUGAUGCAAUAAAAAGCAAAUGAAAGCAAUGAAGGAAGGAAAUGUUUUAUUUAACGAUGCACUCAACACAUUUUAUUUACGGUUCUUUGGCGUCAGACAUAUGAUUAAGGACCACACAGAUAUUGAGAGAGGAAACCCGCUGUCGCCACUUCAUAGGCUACUCUUUUCGAUUAGCAGAGAGGGAUCUUUUAUAUGCUGAAAGCAAUGAAUUUAUUUGUGUUAGUGGGGAGCAUGUAAUAACUUCGUCAACUUUGUUUUGGGGGGAGAAUAUUGCUAUAAAUAAUGCAUGCUAGUGUAUUUUUUAAUAUUUUAGAUGCCAUUUUUAAGCAUUGCACCUCCUCCCUAUACAAAUCCUGCAUCCACCUGUGAAUUUGUAUUUUGCUAAUUUAUACCAGACUGAAAAAAAAAAUGUUUUUCAUCUA